AUGUUCACGAAUACUACUGUCAAUGAUCCUAGGCCUGGGCCAGUCGAUACCAUCUCACUCUCUCCCGAUGAACGCAUCGUCGCAGCAGAUGGCAAGUUCCUUGUCACUAACUGGCUCUACGGCCAAAUUCACAUAUGGGAUGUUUCUGCCAUCCUCAACAAAGCUGGCCUUCUAUCAGAUAUUGUUGAUGGUACACCGCGACCAGCUCCAAAGUUGAAAGGUACUCCUCCAGGGUUCUUUGUUCUUAUUUAUUACCGACCACUUUUCGUGCAGAGAAACUAUCGCGCAAGAAAGAAGAAGCCAACUACCAGUUCAUUUCAACGUCCCAAGACUCAUGCUACCCAGCAACACAGUGGAGCAACGCGGAACACCCGAUCAUUGUCACAGCUACCACCUCCCACUGCCACUACCACUGCCAGUCCGCAUAUCACUAUAAGAGUUGCCGGAUGGCGUGCUCGUUUCAUGGUCUGGGUUUGUUGUAUACCCAUUCAGAAUGCAGACGGUCAACUGACAUUUUCGUUCUGUGUUUUAUCCGUAUCUUCUGUUGUCUCACUCAAUUCUUCAUAA